AUUCCUGUAUGAAAUCCAGCAGAACGCAAGUAGCAACAAGAUGAGUGUGGAGAAUCUGGCAACAGUGUUUGGUGUGAACCUCAUCAGACCAAAAGUGGAGGAUCCAGCAACUAUUAUGAGAGGAACUCACCAUAUCCAGAAAGUGAUGACUGUGAUGAUCAGUGACCACAUAACACUAUUUCCUGUGUCUAAAGAUGUGGUUCCUUCUCUACCCCUCCAGAAGAAUGAUUCCAAGAAGGCCUCAGUGCCUCGCAGUUCAGUAGGCUGGGGUGCUGUAGAAAGGCCUCUAUCAUCCAGAGGGAAUAGAACCCAGUGGCAAACAGUGAGUGUUCAGCAGGAUGAUCUAAAUGAUUCCAGCUGUGAAUUAAACUGCAAUUCAGAUCCAUCAGAAGAAGGUUAUGAGGAACUACAGCCCAAAGACCUUCUUGAAAUAUGCAUGUCGCAGUCCAGGAAAAGAACUCAGACCCUUCCAAACCGGAAAUAUUUUGUGCAUGUUCCUUCCAUCAGAGGGGAGCAAAGUGAACUUUUCAGUAGUGACUUUUGGUCGCCUUCUUCAGUGGUCCAGUCCAAUCCUGUUUCUUCAGUAGGAACUCACAAAAGGACCUUGUCAGAGAGUGUUUCUAAGCUGCUCACUCUUCCGCAGUUCUUGAACUCUGACAGCUUCUCUAGUUCCCUGGAGACGACUGGAAAGCAGACUCACGAGAACUCUUUGGCUGUAUCUGCUGAUACUUCACAGAAGGAUCUGGUGACUGAUCCUGGGCAAAAUGGGGACACUGUUUCAAAACCCAGUGCUGAAGAUGAAGACUCUCCUCCUGAGGAGGACCUUGAGUUCCUGAGGAAGAUGGUUAUAGAACUGAAACGGGAGAUAGAGAUACAGAAAAAAGGUUACGAGGAACGAAUUAACAGCCUCGAGAAGGAAAACUAUGAGGUCUGGGCCAAAGUGGUAAGGCUAAACGAAGAGAUUGAGAAAGAAAAGAACAAAUCUGCAGAUCUGGAACGUAAGCUUCAGGAUAUCGAGUGUUCUCGAGAUGAUACUGAGAACAAGAACAAACUUCUAGAGCAGGAAAUCCUGGACUCCAUGAAAUCCAUGAAAUAGCACGGAACCAAAAGUGAA